AAACACAGAGAGACACAGAGACAGAAACACAGAGAGACACAGAGACAGAAACACAGAGAGACACAUAGACAGAAACAUAGAGAGACACAUAGACAGAAACAUAGAGACACAGAAACACAGAGAAACACAGAGACAGAAACACAGAGAGAGAGACACAGAGACAGAAACACAGAGAGACACAGAGACAGAAACACAGAGAGACACAUAGACAGAAACAUAGAGAGACACAUAGACAGAAACAUAGAGACACAGAAACACAGAGAGACAAAGAGACAGAAACACAGAGAGACACAGAGGCAGAAACACAGAGAGACACAGAGACAGAAACACAGAGAGACACAUAGACAGAAACAUAGAGAGACACAUAGACAGAAACAUAGAGACACAGAAACACAGAGAAACACAGAGACAGAAACACAGAGAGACACAGAGGCAGAAACACAGAGAGACACAGAGACAGAAACACAGAGAGACAAAGAGACAGAAACACAGAGAGACACAGAGACAGAAACACAGAGAGACACAGAGACAGAAACACAGAGAGACACAUAG